AUGAAGUAUAUUUGCCCUCAAUGGAAUUUUGUGAACAACUACCCUCAAGCUUCAUUGGGCAGGGUCUUUGUGUGUUGGGACUCAAAUGUUCUCCAAAUCCAGGUUAUUGAUCAGUCAGAUCAGUUUAUCCAUUGUGAAGUGCAGCCUAAAUGUGGAGACCCAUCCUUCUUUGCAACAUUUUUGUAUGGAGGGAACAUUUUUUUGAAUAGGCAAGCCUUAUGGGCUAGUCUGCAUCACCUAAGUACUACAUCCCCUUGGAUAGUGCUUGGCGAUUUCAAUGUAAUUAGAUUCCCUAGAGAAAAAGUAUGGGGCAUUGUUUCUUGGCCUUCUUAUAUGGAUGAGUUCAAUAACUACUUGUAUGCAUUACAACUUGAUGAUCUUAGGUACUCUGGCUACUUCCUUACUUGGGCUAACAAGCAGGACCCCAUUCAUUUUGUUAGUACGAAACUAGAUCGAGUGCUAGUUAAUGAGCAUUGGAUGAGGGUCUUUAAUUGUUCCUUUGCUCAUUUUCCCACUCCUGGGAUAUUUGAUCACUCCCCAGCCAUUACAACCAUCCUUCCUGGUCCUAGGAAAUCUAGCAAACCUUUUAAGUUUUUUGAUUUCCUGGCUGAUCAUCCGCAGUUUAUUACUGUGGUGCAAAAGGUUUGGCGGAGAGUGGUCAUAGAGAAUCCAAUGUUCUCUGUUUGUGAGAAGCUCAAGAUGUUGCAAGGUGAGUUUAAGUUAAUUAAUACUGGAGAUUUUAGUGAUGUUUCUGCUAGGGUUGUUGACACUAGACAACGCCUAGAAACUUUACAACAUUCCAUGAGUUCCCAUAACCAUGUUCCUUCUUUGAUUAGUCAGGAAAGAGUGGUUUAUAAACAACUUCUCACAAUGCUUAGAGCGGAGGAAAGUCUGGCUAGACAAAAGUCUAGGGUUCAAUGGUUGAAGUUGGGGGACCAAUGCACUUCUUAUUUCUUCAAAUUUGUGACCAAUAGAAGAAAUAGAAGUAAGUUAACCAAUUUGGUUUUAGAGGAUGGGUCACUCACCCAUGACAUUGAGGUCAUUAAGUCAAGUUUUGUUACCUUUUACACAGACUUGCUAGGUACUGCCCAUUCUGAUUCUUACCAUGGGCAUAGCAGAAUCCAGUAA